CUUCUCAGUUUUUAGGAUUUCGAACAUUUUUCUCUUUAUUGUUUGUUUUUUGUUGCUAUGGAGCCGAAGACUUGCACGUCCAGGCCGAUCUCUGAGACUUGUGAUGAUUGGAAAAACAGGUGUUGGUAAAAGUGCCGUCGGAAACACAAUCCUGGGAGAAGAGCGGUUUGAAUCUCGUCCAGCUUCAGAGUCGGUGACCACGACCUGCCAGAGAGAAGAAACAACUUGGAGAGACAGAUUAAUUACUGUGGUGGACACACCUGGCAUCCUGGACACUGACAGAACAGAAGAGUUCAUUAGGAGGGAGAUAGUCAGGUGUGUCCAGGUGUCCACUCCAGGUCCUCACGUGUUCCUGCUGGUGAUCCAGGCUGGAAGAUUCACCAGGGAAGAGAAAAACUCAGUGGAGGCCCUGCAGGAGCUGUUUGGUCGCAGAGCGGACCAGUUCAUGAUUGUCCUGUUUACCCGCGGUGGAGACCUGGACUCAAGCAUCCAAGACUAUGUGAGAGAAGGUGAUCCAGAGCUUCAGAGACUCAUCCGAAGAUGUGGGAGCAGAUUCCACGUCUUUGAAAACAGCAGCAGGGACGGAGAGCAGGUGGAAGAGCUGUUCAGGAAGGUCGAAGAGAUGGCGGCAGCAAACGGAGGAACCUACUACACCAACGAGAUGUACGAAGAGGUGGAAGCAGCCAGAAGAGCCGCACAUCCUGUACAAGAAAACCAGUACAGCUUCAUUGCUUCACUCGUACGUCGCAUCAGGAAUUUUCUAAAUAUUCUUAACAGAGAUUAGAAAUGUUGUCCUAAAGCUCAUAUUAGUAAACACAAUAAAAUUACUAGAGUACUUAUCGAAAUGAUGUAGAAAACUUUACCAUAAUUACCCAGAAGGAAUGAUUAAAUACUGAAAAUGAUGUAACUGUAUUAAUAAAGUCUGAUUGUAAUAUCUGUUACUACUACCUAUUAUUUUCUGCUUUUGUUUCCCAUGAUUUUCACAUGAAUUUCUUCAAAU